UCAGGAAUAUGAAGGUGUCCUCCUUCGGCCCUGUGCCUGCAGAGCUGGAGUAGCUGCUGUGGAUGUGGGAGGAGAGGCAAGCAGUCAGGAAUGGGCCUGCUCAAAGAAAGGCCACAUCACUUUGAUGGGGAGUGGGCUGCACCUUAGUGCUGCCAAAGAAUCCUCUUUGGUUUUUCUGUUGAAGGAACACAGACAGGGCGGCAGGUGGCGGACACUUGAUAACCAGACGUUGUGCAAUGAUAGAGACUACAAAGAAAACCAAAAUCAGCUUCAUCACCAGCAGGAGGAAAUGGAACAGAAGAUGUCUGCUGAUCAUAUCUCUGAUCUAAACACUCUGACUGAAAUAUUUGAAAGUGUUAUGGGCUCUGUUGGUGCAGAAGUAUUUUCUUUAAAAGAUGGGAUGAAUCCAGACUCUUUCAGCACCAAAUCCCCUGCAGAUCCCACCAUGGUGUUUUUCAACAUAGACUAUGGAAUGGGAUGGAAGAUAACCAUGCUGGUGUUGAGUUCUUUGGCUCUGGUCCUAGGGACUGCUAUUCUUAUCAUCAGUGUGUACUCUAAUAGAAGGAAGAAAGUGGUUUGUGUUUUGAAGUCGUACACUCCGAGCCCAGAGAUGAGUGUUCCUGGAUCACCUGUGCCCGGUGAAAGAGUCCCGCUGACCCAGCAUGCCAUGCAGUUCCCUCACUCCAGCCCCACCUUACAGCGAGCAGAGAUCCUAAUUGAGUGGAAGGAUGGUACCGUUACCCCCCUGUACAGGUCCUGA